UAUACUCUUAUAAAUAUAUGCGUAAGAGAUGAAAAAGAACAUUCUAUAAUCACACAUCUCUCUCUUCAUUCUCCAAGCAUAGAAUUUAUCUCUCUCUCUCUCCCUUUUCUUCAUUCUCACUCAGAGAAAAUUCUGCAAUAUAUAACGCCAUGAUCCACACUGACAUCGCAGAGAUCUUAUGCGUGAAGCCCAAGACGAAAAAAAGGACAAAGACGAUGGAGGAAGACGUCAAGAAGAAGAAGACCAAGAAGACGAUGAAGAUACAAGGAGAAGUUGUUGUCAUGAAGAAGAACCUUCUCGACUUCAAAGACGCCAUGGCUUCUUUUCUCGAUCGAGUUCAUGAGCUUCUUGGUCGUCGCGUAUCUCUCCAGCUCGUCAGCUCUCUCCAACCCGACCCUGCCAAUGAGAAGAGAGGAAGACUUGGAAAAGCAGCACAUCUGGAAAAAUGGGUGACAAAAAUAAAAACGUCUGUAACCGCGGAGGAAACUGCGUUUGCGGUGACGUUUGAUUGGGACGAGUCAAUGGGACCACCGGCUGCGUUUGUGAUCAAGAACCACCACCAUAGCCAAUUCUACCUUAAAUCCCUCACUCUCCGCAAUUUCCCUGGCGGUGAAGGUGGUCCGAUACACUUCGUUUGCAAUUCUUGGAUCUAUCCAAGCCAUCGGUACCGCUCUGACCGCGUUUUCUUCUCUAACAAGGCAUAUCUUCCAAAUGAAACACCAGAGCUACUCAAAGAGCUAAGAAAGGAAGAGCUAAAGAAUCUAAGAGACAACGAGAAAGGAGGAGAACUCAAAGAAUGGGACAGAGUUUACGACUACGCUUAUUACAACGACUUAGGUGCACCCGACAAAGGUUCUGACUCAGCCCGUCCGGUUCUCGGCGGUUCACCUGACUUUCCUUAUCCUCGCCGCGGCAAAACCGGUCGUAAACCCACCAAAUCCGACUCUAAGUCCGAGAGUAGGCUGGCAUUACUAAACCUGAACAUCUACGUGCCGAGGGACGAGCGGUUUAGCCAUGUUAAGUUCUCUGAUUUCCUCGCGUACGCACUCAAAUCGGUGACUCAAGUGCUAGUCCCUGAAAUAGCCUCAGUUUGCGACAAGACCAUCAACGAGUUUGACUCGUUCGAAGACGUUUUCCACCUCUAUGACGGUAGUAUUAAACUCGCCAAUGGUCACACCAUAUCUAAGCUACGUGAUGUUAUCCCAUGGGAGAUGUUUCGUGAGCUUGUUCGCAAUGAUGGUGAACGGUUCUUGAAGUUUCCUUUGCCUGACGUCCUCAAAGAAAGUAGAUCGGCUUGGAGGACUGAUGAAGAGUUUGCGAGAGAAAUGUUGGCUGGACUCAAUCCAGUGGUUAUAAGUCGUCUCCAGGAGUUUCCUCCAAAGAGCAAUUUAGACUCUACAAGGUAUGGAAACCAACACAGUUCCAUACGAGAAGAGCACAUAAAACCACACAUGAACGGUCUCAGUGUCCAAGAAGCUUUGGGACAGAACAAGCUAUACAUAUUAGAUCAUCAUGAUGCAUUGAUGCCAUACUUGACACGGAUAAACUCGACAAACACUAAAACUUAUGCGACCCGAACGCUUCUGUUGCUUCAAGAGGACGGAACACUGAAGCCUCUAGCCAUAGAGCUGAGUCUUCCUCACGCACAAGGUGAAUCACACGGAGCGGUGAGCAAGAUUUUCACACCAGCAGAGAAAGGCGUGGAGGGAUCGGUUUGGCAGCUUGCUAAGGCUUACGCCGCGGUUAAUGAUUCCGGUUAUCACCAGCUUAUAAGCCACUGGUUGAAGACGCAUGCAGUGAUUGAACCGUUCAUAAUCGCGUCGAAUAGGCAACUAAGUGUGAUCCAUCCGAUCUUCAAACUUCUUCAUCCUCAUUUCCGUGACACGAUGAACAUCAACGCAUUGGCACGACAUGUCCUUAUAAACUCUGAUGGAGUUUUGGAGAGAACGGUGUUCCCUGGUCGUUACGCAAUGGAAAUGUCUUCUUCAAUUUACAAGAAUUGGGUUUUCACUGAUCAGGCUCUUCCCAAAGAUCUCCUCAAGCGUGGAGUUGCCGUUGAAAAUCCAAGCAGUGAGAACGGGAUUGAGCUUCUGAUUGAGGACUACCCGUUUGCAGUCGAUGGUUUAGAGAUAUGGUCAGCGAUUAAGACGUGGGUGAGAGAGUACUGCACAAUUUACUACAAGAAUGACAAAGCUGUGCAAAACGAUACCGAGAUCCAAGAAUGGUGGAACGAGCUUCGAACCAAAGGUCACGGCGAUUUACAACAAGAGUCAUGGUGGCCGUCGAUGCAAACCUGCGACGACCUCAUCGAAGCCUGCACCAUCAUCAUCUGGGUCGCCUCUGCUCUCCACGCAGCAGUUAACUUCGGGCAAUACCCUUACGCUGGCUUUCUCCCAAACCGGCCUACCGUCAGCCGUCGGUUCAUGCCGGAACCGGGUACGGAAGAGUACACAGAACUGGAGGAAAACGAGGAGGUGGCGUUUUUAAAGACGAUCACGCCGCAGUUACAAACUCUGCUUGGUAUCUCCAUCAUAGAGAUUUUGUCUAUGCAUUCAACGGACGAGAUUUACUUAGGGCAGAGAGACUCACCGAACUGGACGGCAGAUGAGGAGCCUUUAGAGGCGUUCAAGCGGUUUGGAAAGAGUUUGGAAUUGAUAGAGAACAAUAUUAUACGAAGAAACAAUGAUAAGAAGUUCAAGAACCGGACCGGUCCGGUUAACAUACCAUACACUCUCUUGUACCCGGAUACUACGGACUACACGAGAGAGGGUGGACUUACUGGUAAAGGGAUUCCAAACAGUGUUUCUAUUUAGAGAUUAAUACUCUUUCUUUAUUUUUAUUUUCUUAAUUUACAAUUAUGUGUUUGGAUUUGCGUCGUUUGUAGACUAAUUAAUGUUACUAUCCAUUGUUCAUUGUUCAUAUGUCAUUUACCAAUCACCUGGUAGCUCAAGGUGAUUAUAUUUCUAUUGGUUUUGUGUGCUUGUGGUAAUGUACUAAUUGGUAUGUGGGAUUCGUAUUUAAUAUAACAACUUUAUAAUGUCA